UUGAGAGACUUUGACUAAACCCAUGUCCGCCGUGAAAUCUGUCUCUUCAUUCAGGCUCGCCUCUCUCCUCCGCCGCGAGAAUGAUCCUUCCGCCGCCGUUAAGCUUUUCCGAAACCCUGAUCCUGAAUCAACGAACCCAAAAAGACCCUUUAGAUACUCUAUUCUUUGCUACGAUCUCAUCAUCACGAAACUUGGUGGCUCUAAGAUGUUUGACGAGCUAGAUCAGGUGCUUCUACAGCUCAAAACCGAUACUCGGGUCGUUCCAACGGAGAUUCUUUUUUGCAACGUGAUCAAUUUUUUCGGCCGUGGGAGAUUACCCAGUCGUGCGCUCCACAUGUUCGACGAAAUGCCUCAAUACCGUUGCAAACGUACUAUGAAAUCCGUGAACUCUCUGUUGAAUGUGCUUUCGAAGUGUGGAGAGUUCGACAAAAUGAGGGAGCUUCUUUCUGGUAUUGAUGAGUUUGGUAAGCCAGACGCUUGUACUUAUAAUAUACUGAUCCAUGGAUGUUCUCAGAGCGGGUGUUUUGAUGAUGCCUUGAAGCUAUUCGAUGAAAUGGUCAAGAAAAAGGUCAAGCCCACUGGUGUAACCUUUGGGACGCUGAUUCACGGGUUGUGCAAGAAUUCGAGGGUGAAGGAAGCAUUGAAGAUGAAGCAAGAUAUGUUGAAAGUGUAUGGAGUAUGUCCCACGGUUCACAUUUAUGCGUCGGUGAUCAAAGCGCUUUGUCAAAUUGGUGAAUUGAGUUUUGCGUUUCAGCUUAAGGAUGAGGCGUAUGAAGGAAAGAUCAAAGUAGACUCAGCUAUUUACUCUACGUUGAUUAGCUCAGUUAUAAAAGCUGGAAGGUCGAAUGAGGUGUCGAGUAUAUUGGAAGAAAUGAGUGAAAAAGGAUGCAAACCCGACACAGUGACUUACAAUGUACUGAUUCACGGGUUCUGUGUUGAGAAUGAUUCCGAAUCAGCUUAUCGAGUUUUGGAUGAUAUGGUAGAAAAAGGCUUGAAACCAGAUGUUAUAAGCUACAAUAUGAUACUUGGUGUCUUGUUUAGAAUCCAAAAAUGGGAAGAGGCAACUUACUUGUUUGAAGAUAUGCCCAGAAGAGGUUGCAGUCCUGAUACCUUAUCUUAUAGAAUAGUUUUCGAUGGGCUGUGCGAAGCUUUACAAUUCGAAGAAGCAGCGGUUGUCUUAGACGAAAUGCUAUUUAAAGGCUACAAGCCUCGCAGGGAUAGGCUAGAAAGGUAUCUGCAGCAGCUAUGUGAGAGUGGAAAGUUGGAGAUUCUGAGUAAAGUUAUCAGUAGCUUGCAUAAAGGAAAUGCUGAUGAUGCAGAUGUGUGGUCAGUUGUAAUACCUACAAUGUGCAAAGAACCUGUUAUAUCAGAUUCUAUUGAUUUCUUGUUGAACAGAGUAAAGGAAGUUGGUCCUUUAUCAGCAAUGCCGUAAUGCUAGGUCACUUGUCGUGCAAUUUAAUGUUGCUGUCUUGGUUUAGUAAUACAGGACAAGGAAAAAAUAGACGAUAGAAUUGCAAAGCUCUCUGGUAAUACAGGUGAAUAGUUACCACAUGGGCUCACUUCAAUUUAGAUAACGGAAGAAUGUGCUUAGUGCUCCUAAUUAAAGCUCUUACCUCUUCUCGGUAGCCUGCAAAGUGGUGGUGCAGAGGAUUUAUUCCAUUCACUGAACCAAGCAUUGAGCUGUGACGACUGUGAUGGUGGAGGCGGCAGUGGUAAUAGCGGUGUCGGCAAAGGUGGUGAUAAUGGUUGCAGAAAAAGUUAAUAACUGCUGUUACCUCCAGCAUGCGAAGGCUGGCUUGAGUGAAUAACUAUCAAAACACUUGCGAAGUAUACAAAUAGACCUUUUAUACAUAAAUCAUAAAGUAUAGAUAGACGAUUUAGAUUUGUAGACAUUGUGGCUAUAUAACGGUCUUGAGGAUUUUGAAAGUAUCUUUGGCAAACCUUCCUUUGUAAGUAUUAAAAGGUGUGUAUCCUGUUUUAA